UCCGUGGGUCGGUGUGAUGUGACGUGACGUGCAUGCACAUGUGAAUUUCGAAUGGAUGCCUUGCAGAGAUUCCCUACUUGCAUCUUAAUCUUGGAGGUAGACUCUAGACUUACAUACUGAUUUGUGGGAGUGAAGGUAUAUAUAUCAGACGACAAAAUCAUGGCUACUCCUCAUAUGCAUAUGAAUUUGCAAAUCCAUGUACCGGGAUUAUGAACGAUUUAAGCUAAAGAUCAUCUUGACGAAUCUGUAUUGGACGGAACAGGCAGAAGGCUCCGGUGCAGAGUUGGGAGAGAAAAACUAGCCGGAACUCUGGCGUAGCUCAGCUCCGUUUAGCAUCUGCUCCCUCACAUUCGCUAAGAAGAGUCAACACAAUGCAAUGGAGGUUCGAUUUUCGAAACAGUCAGAUAAUUGAAGUGUUUACAUCGCUAAUUACACCUUUACAACAAGCUCAAUAGAACCAAGGUUAAUUUGAUAUCCUUCACUGUAGUUGGAAUUUUGAAGUGUCGUAGCUAGUGUCAAACAAAGGAAAAACAUGACGUUACUCUAGUACAAAGUAGUAGAUCUACGUUAGUCGGUACUGUGUAUGACCAGUACUUAGUCUACUCAGUAUUUGGAAGAGGACAGUGAUUGAAGCAGAUGACAAUGGAUACUCCAAACUAUGACAUGUGGCAAGAUGUUUGUACGGCUCUACUUGAAAUUCUGGAGAAACGUUCAGACUCUGUGCAAGCAGCAUACAGCUUCAUACAAACCCUUCCUGAGGAUGAUGUACGAGACAAGCUCUUCCCAUUCUACAGUCACUCUACUCUUGAGCUACAGAGGGCGAUGUCAGGAAACCAAUCAUUGAAGGAAAUGCCUGGUAGAUCAGACCAAGAAGAGCUGUACGCUAGGUUUGGUUUCCUUCAUGCAUCUUGCCAGAAAGGUGAUGUCGAUGCCGCUCUCAUGUUAAUGUGCUGGGGGAUCGAGCCAUGUUGUAAGAAUACAGAGGGUAGAAGUGCAUUGGAAGUAGCUACCACUGAGGGUCAUCUCAACAUUAUCACUAAACUAGUGGAAAUGGAUGAAGGACUGCUUGAGGAUGUAGCCGAGUUGAAACUCCUUGUCUGUCAUGCCUGUAAGGCAGGGAAGAAGGAAAUGAUAGACUACUGGUUGGAUCAGCUGAUAAGACACAGUCCAAACCCUGGGCAUCUACUCUUCGAGCAACAUGAUCCCAAUCCACUCCUGUUUGCAUGUCAAGGUGAGCAUUACAGCGUAGCAGCAGACCUGAUUGAGAGAGGUUUAGUCAGCAUUGAUGAAGCAGCAGCCAAUAUGCUGGGUGCUGAUAUCUUGCCACUUCUCGAGAUAUGGGUUGAACCUGAUGACUCCAGCACUAAUAACAACAACAACAAAAAGGAACUCAUUGCAAAUUGGCACCACAAGCAGCUCAAUACCUUUGACCCAUCAUGGCUUCAGGGUUUUCAAGACUCAACCCAUCAAGUCCUGUCAACCAUCAAUCUAUCCCAGAAUUCUCUCUUCUCUGUACCAGAGGGUCUCCUAUGGGGUCUACAGAAUCUACGUCGUCUCAACCUAUCCCAGAAUUCACUUCAGUUACUGCCGUCCCCCAAAAGCCAUCGAAACUUGAGCGACUGUCGCCUACGGUCUUUAAGCCUGUAUCAGAAUGAACUGUUGUCUGUACCAGCUGAGCUGUUCAUGUUAAAAGAAUUAGAGUUCCUGUCCCUCGCCAGCAAUGCAAUGGAAGAGCUUAUACAACCUGCCAAGGAAUCCACACAAGAUGAGAUCCCAAGACAAUGGAACUGCAUGUCUCUCGUCAAUCUGGAUCUCUCCCAAAACAAACUGAGCUCUCUCCCGAGACAGAUGGAUGCUUGUACAUCACUUAUCACUAUCAAUCUAUCAGAGAACUCUUUCAAUGAGAUACCAAGACCUUGGGCAUGUCCACUGGAGAUUCUGAACAUAUCUAAGAACAUGGUCCAGUCCGCUUCAGGUGACCUACCUAAGUUCUGGCACCGUACUUUACGAUUCCUCAACCUGAGCUACAACCGUCUGACAGAGAUUCCUACUGCCAUCUGUCAGUUGAGCAGUCUGUCUGAGUUGGAUCUCUCUCAUAAUGUACUACGUUGCUUCCCAUUACCGGGGACAUGGAGCAUACGCAAGCUUCAGCAUCUUAACUUGGCUUACAAUCAACUCAUGCAUAGAGAGGCACAACCACAGACCAAACAAGACAAUCCUAAAACCUCUCCUGUGAAGAAGAAGAACACUCCUCCUACAUCACCGACCAGUCAACCAAGACAGGGUGUGGCCAACUUUUAUGCCAAGCUACGAGCUCAGAGGUCGCCCGCCAAGAUCAUUGAUGCUAACAGCAGGAGUACCUUCUAUGCACAUUCCCCCAAUGGUGGCAGCAGUCAUCCUGAACAAUGGGAGAAGAUUGAAUUCCCAGAAUGCUUUGCGCACAGUCUCUAUGUUCUGAAGCUCUCCCACAAUGCCCUAGAGGAUGUGCCUCCGAGCGUUUGUAAGCUGGAGGCACUGUAUGAUCUAGAUAUCAGCUGUAACCCUGAUCUUCACAAGCUGCCCGAAGCUCUGAGCACUCUCAAGCAUCUCUUCCAUCUGAAGAUAGAGGGCUUAGACAUUAAGAUUCCUUCAGAUGUAAGUCAGCUGAGUCCACAGGAACGAAGCAAGACUGGUCAGAUUCUCAAGAUACUUCAUGAGAAGCUUCUAGAUAGUCAACCCUAUCACAGCAUGAAGCUUAUGAUAAUGGGUCCAGCGAAGAGUGGUAAGACAACAUUACUAGGAAGCCUGAUGACUGAUACAGGUGGGCGUGUCUUAGAUAUGGCUCUGCAUGUCACGGAAUGGGAACUACAAGAUCCAGUCAUAGAAGGCAGAGGAUGCAGUCUCACUCAGAAGGUCAAAGAAAAAUUCUCAAAGGAGAAGGAGAUAGUGGAAGGGCCAGCAAUCACAUUCUUUUCUUGGGAUAUGAAAGGUGGUGAUCUGUAUGAGAAUGUUCAUCAGUGCUUUGUGACGGCUAAGACUCUCUAUCUAUUAGUAUGGGAUAUGAGUGAAGGCAUGGAAGGAGCUCAUAAACUCUCCUCUCUUCUCCUCAAUAUUAGUUCAAGAUCUUCAGACUUCGGUAUUGUCAUCGUUGGUACCCAUCAUGAUGUGGUUCAGAAUUCUCCUGUUGAUAUGAUUGACCUACGGAGUCAGCUUGUUGAAAUGCUGAAUGUUGGACCAGGAUUCCCACCGGUUGCAGGGAUCGUGGAGGUAGAUGCUAGAGGAAGUAAGAACAGUGGUAUGGCUGAGCUGAAACGGGUCAUCUAUGAGACUGCGAUGCAGAUGAAGGUCCAUCAUAAGAGACCUGUAUGUGUGGAGAAGCUUAUUGGGAGAAAGGUUCCCCAGCCGUACUUCAAUCUGAAGAAGCGUAUUUCGCAGGAGGUUGAAGUGCGUCAGAAAGCAGACCCUCCUAUUCUACCGAUUAUGACCGAGACUGAGCUAGCUCAGAUAGUACAACUCAUACCUGAUAGUGGACUACAUACACCUGAAGAACUACAGGAAGCAAUCAAUUUCUUGCAUGAGAUUGGGAGCAUUGUCCACUUCACUGACCACCUGAACGGUUUGAAUGACCUGUACUUCAUUGAUCCAGUAUGGCUAGCCUGUACGUUACAGAGGGUGACUGCACUACCCAUAGGGAGUCUUAAAGGAGGCAAGGUCCAUGUAGAGACCCUUAGAGAGCUGAGUAAGAAGAGUCGCAUUGGAGAGGAUAAGUUUGAGCAGUAUCUUCAACUCUUAGCUCGCUUUGAGAUUGUGGUUCCAAUCUCCCAUCACUGGUUCUUGGUACCUGCCCGCCUCCCUCGUGAUAACCCUGGCGUGAUGCUGUCACUGCACAACACUGACGAUGCACCAUUCUACUAUCUGAGAAGGGUUUACAAGAUGCCCUAUCUCCCUCCAGGAUUCUGGAUCAGACUGGUGUCACGUCUUCUUGCCGAUCUUCAGAUGCACGAUAAGAAGAAGAAGAUCAGUCCAGCAAGAAAUGAGAGAAAAAUCUGCCGUUCAAAGAGUGCGAAGAGCAGCAUAUCCAAGGGCAUCAGGUUCCUCCAGACGGAGUCUAUCUACUGGAGGGAAGGAAUAUUCUUCAGGCACAAGACUGGACAGAUCCUGGUGCGCUCGACGGUCUUUCCUUCAACUGACAAGUCUCCAGGAGUGGACAUCCUCAUCAGCUGCCAAGAGGGCCACUUCUCUGCCAUGGGGUGCGUGGUGGACCAGAUAGAGGGUCUUAUCAAGGACUGGUAUCCAGGUUUGUGUGCAUCAAUCUAUGACAGCCUUCAGCCCAAGGUCCAGAGACUGGUCCCUUGCCCAAUCUGUGUGAUUCAUGGACCUGAUGAUCUUGAACCUGUGACAGAGAAUCUACCUCAUUGCUAUACAGUGGAGGAACUUGCCCAGAAACUUGCCCGUGGUGAGACUCACAUAACUGCAUGUGCCAACUCUAAGGAGAAGCUCAUCCCAAUUUCCGUUCUUAUACCUGACAUGUUCAUGAAAGACCUCAGCAUCAGGCAUCUGAAGCAGGAAGACUUCAAGCUGCACAUGGUGUCAGGACAAUCUCUAGGACAGGGUGGCUUUGGAGAAGUAUUCAGGGCAAAGUUCCGUGGAGAGACUGUAGCAGCCAAGACCAUGUUUCCAUCACGACUCUUAAAGAAUCAGAUGUACUCUUCUCCUAGUGAAGGAUAUGCAUCAUGUGCAUCUACACCUUCCUCUACGUCGAACAUGACGGGAGAAUCCACUUCAACAGAGAAUGAUUCAUGUGACUCUUUAGAGGCAGCCAUGUUGAUGGACAGUUUCCAUAAGCUGAGAAACGAGGUUGCAAUCAUGGUUAAACUCGAUCAUCCAUGCAUCGUCAAUCUUGUUGGUGUGUCCAUCAGACACCUCUGCUUUGCAAUGGACUAUGCACCUCUUGGUGAUCUCCAGAGCUACCUGUUUGCUGAGCACCAGUCUGCAAGGCCACACUUUGUGAAGAGGAACAUUGUACUGGAACCUGUUCUAAGUAGAAUGCUGACUUACAAGAUCAGCCUACAGGUUGCAUCAGCCGUAGGGUUCCUCCACAGCAAAGACAUCAUCUACUGUGAUCUGAAGACAGACAAUAUCUUACUCUUCUCAUCUGAUGUCAAUGAAGAUGUGAAUAUCAAACUGACCGACUAUGGUAUCUCCAGGAAGUAUGACUUGAUGGGUGCGAUGGGAAUGGCAGGUCCACCAGGGUUCUGUGCACCUGAGAUUCUACAGGGCAAGGUGUUUGAUGAGAAGGUGGAUUGGUUUUCUUACGGGAUGUUUCUAUAUCAUCUGAUGACCGGCUUGGUUCCAUACUAUGAUCAACACAGUCGCAUUGAGAUUCAGCUCGCCGUCAACGAGGGCCGCAAACCAACCUUCAACUUCCAUGAGUAUAAGAUGCCCCCUAGACAAGUCUUCCCUGCCUUGGGUGCAUUGAUGGAAUCCUGCUGGCAAGAUAAACCUGGAAAGAGACCCCACGGUAAAACCAUUCUCCAGCUCUUAUCAGAACCAAGCUUCUUGUGUCUCAGAAGAGUGGUGGAGGUGGAAGAAGAAGAAGGGGUUUCUUUGGCAUUCAGUCAAGGGGCACAGGAUGAGGAUAAGGUUGUUCAUCUGGUAGUUGACUCAGGCCGAGGCACGUCGGUGAAGUCAUUCCAAGUUGAUGAAGAUGGUUGUUAUAAAUCUAGUCGUCUGAAUGAACUCCAAUGCCCCAUGAUCAAAACCGCCAUCGCUACACCUUGUGGAACUAAAAUUGUAGUUGGAACAGUGGGUGACUUUGUGCAAGUGUAUCAUCUUCCGUCAUCACAUUCUUCUCAUGCAAGUCUUCUGGUAGAAGCAAGAGUGGCUGGUCAACCUACCUCACUCCUCUAUCUCCAGAAGCCAAGUGGACAAGAACGUUCUUUGCUGUUUGUUGGUCAAGCCAAUGGGGCCUUGACCAUCCUAAGUCAUGAAACAGAAGAUAGUGGUCAUCACACCACAGAUGAUCUAAGACUGGUCACCAGGAUGCAACUUAGUAAGCACAAUCUCCCUUGUAGCAGCAUUGUGGCUGUCUACAGGAAGAAGAACGGUGACUCUGUGGCUGAGCGAAGAAGACAGUAUGAAGAUGUGGUCUCUAAUGGGGCCAAUGGCUCAAGGGACAGAUCAGUACAGAGCAAUGGAACAGAUGAAACUACUGCCAGGAAAAUGAGAAAAGGAAGGAACACUCUUGUUACAAGAGAACGGACAGGAAGCAGUGGAGAUGAAGCAGAUGGAACAGAAGUCUGGGUUGGUUGUGGGAAUAAGCUGAGAAUCAUCUCGUUGAGUGACAUCACUCUGGAGCCAGAUGAGAUUCAGGUGGCUGCUGGCGUAGAAGGAAUAGUAGAAGGCAUUGUACACAGUCAAGGUAGUGUGUGGUGUUUCACAUCAAGUGCACUGUAUGUCUAUCAGUACAGUAUUGAGACCAGGAAGUGUCUGGCUAUCCUGGACUGCAGGGAGAGCAUCCUUGUCCUGGGAUCCUUCCUUCCUCUGUCCCAGGAGGAGAGACAGGAACUGGUGAGGAGCUGGGAGGAGAAAGAGAAGGAGCAAGAGCUUGCUAGUGCUACAGCUGUAUGUGAAACAAAUAGCAAUGGGGAUGGAAGGUUUGUAUCCAAUCAGGAUGCACUGCUUCAAGAGGAACUGCCCAUAGUUGAUAAUCACUUCACAGCAGCUUGCAUAGCACCACCUCGUAGGGGGACCACCACUCGAAGGCUAGGUGGAAAACGACUCGGUGGUCAACGAGGUAAGAAUGGCAUGCAGCGAUGGAAUAUACACAGCAUCUUAGCAUCUCAGAGUCAGUCAUCCAUCAAAGUCAGCUCUCUCCUUGUGAUGGAUCAUGUGUUAUGGAUUGGUAGAUCCAAUGGUGAUAUUGUGCUUGUAAACAUUCAAGACAAUGUAGGGUCUUUUGAGGAAAAGAUGGAUGUUCAAGUAGGUGAAGUAGUGACUGUACUGAAUGCUGAUGCUGUAGUCAAAGGUGACAAUGGGAGGGUUGUAGAGCUACAUCGUACAGGCUCUAACAGGGUAGUUUCUUGCCAUGACAACAAGAAAUCAGACAACAGUGUCAGUCAAAUCAAGAAGAUGUGUGUAUGGGAGGACUGGGGACAGGUUCAAGUUGAACAGUUUCAAACCAUCAAUAAUCAAUGUAGGAAGAGAACAAGGAAAUCAGGAACAUAUCUAGAAGUAUGAGUGUAUUAUUUCACAUCAUCGCUGUAUUUACAAGUAUUCAACAUAAGAUUAAUCUUUGCACCCAUUACUGUGCAAUUGUGAUAUUACAGCUUUACAUAAUAUUAGUCAUUCUUGCCAUUGCAUUGAGAUGGAAAUUUAAACAAGACAAUAACAUAUAUAAAAUUUAAGAUUGGCUUUCCACCUGUAUUUUUAUGAACACUUUGCCAUUUUUUAAUGAUUUUAUAUUACUUGUGUAUGGGCAAUUAUUUAAUUUAGUUACAUCUUCAAGCACUGUUGUGUGAUAUUUCUCAGGGUCCAAUGAAUUACCAAACCUUAUCUGCUUCCUUUUAAACUCCUGCCCGCCUCCCUUGGAGGUUUGCCUGUUUUCUAUGUCAUACAUAUAUUGAAAGAUAAUCAAAUAAGACCGAGGAAAUGAACAGUGCUACUGCGGUAACAUUAUAACUUAAAGAUGAAGUUGAGUUCUGGUCAUGUGAUUGCAUUGUGAAAGAAACGGUGUGGAAUUUAUCAGGAAAGGUUGAUCAUCUAGUAUAUAAGUA